GAGAGCCUAUGCCGAUGGUACACUGGCAAAAAAACCUGGAGGACCUGAUCCUGAGCCCCAGUGACACCCGAGUGGCUGUCUUGCCCUCUGGAGCUUUACAGAUUAGCAGAAUCCAAGCAGGAGACAGUGGGAUCUAUAGAUGCCUUGCAAAAAAUCCUGCUAGUUCCAGAACUGGAAAUGAAGCAGAAGUCAGAGUUUUGACAGAUCCAGGUUUGCACAGACAGCAAUUUUUCCUGCAGAGACCGUCAAAUGUGGUAGCCCUUGAGGGAAAAGAUGCCGUUCUUGAGUGUUGUGUUUCUGGGUUUCCCACACCCACCUUCACAUGGAUGCGAGGAGAUGAAAUUAUUCCUGUCAGAUCCAAAAAAUAUUCAUUACUGGCUGGCAGUAACUUACUUAUUUCUAAUGUGACUGAUGACGAUUCUGGGACGUACACUUGCAUUGUCAGCUACAAGAAUGAGAACAGUAGUGCCUCUGCAGAGCUCACAGUUAUGGUAAACCUACAUUUCCAAUCUACAAAGAAUCAAAUGCAGAAAUGGAAGAUAACUUCUGGAAUAAAAUGCUUAUUUAGCUUUGCUGAAAGAUGCUCAAUGGAAACCAACCAUGAAAUUAUACACAACUGCAGCUAUUUGUGGAUUGAGAAACACCUAUCGAUUAUGUGAAUCUUAUUUUUUUUUCUCGCAUAUAGUAGAUUAUAGGAUUCUAUGGCAUGGACCAAGGCUGAAAUUUCAAUGCUCUGCAGAGGAUUUGGCUAUCCAGUUUCCAUGAAAAUUAAUAGAAAUUUCACAUCCAAAUUCUUUCGGGUGUUGAAAAUCCCACCCCAUAUCUUUAUUCUCUGUAAUGCACUUAACUAUGGCUUGACUAUGACUCUAUAAUAAUGUUACGCUAAAAAUGCAUUGUAUAGAAUUAAUUUUGUAUUUAUUUUCAUGCUUAUACAGAGAGAAAUAUGUAACGAGGAGUGUAAUGCAAUUUUGGGGAUAAACUUGGAUUCAGAUAAUUCAGUGAUAAUGGUUAUAUAUGAAUGGUAGAAGAGAGGUUUCAAAAGGUGGCACUUGUUACUUAUUGAGCACCACAGAUUGAUUGGGACUGUACCAACAUAAAGGAUAGCACAAUCAUUGACACAAUGAAAAUGAAAUCUAAAUCUGACAAAGAAACAUGCACGUGCAUGCAAAAUACGUAAUAAAAAUGCACAAUACAAACAUUGUGCAUGCAAAAUAAAUCAAUUGUAUAUACAAAGUAAAGUGGGUGUGGUUUUUUUGCAUAAGUGUCUAGUCACAUAAGCUAAUGAAAUAUGGGUGUAAGUUUUGGAGGUACAAUUUUGAUAACCUUUAAAAGUUUGGUCAUUUAUUUUCAUAAGCAUGUAGCGUGGCAGAUUUAAAUUAACACCAUGUAUCAUAUUGCUUAGCAACAGGUAUUAUGUUUGUAUUGUUAUAGUGAAUAUGUAAAAGAUCCAACAAAAACUACACACCUACUAAUGGAGUGCAAUAGAAAUCCCCAUAUAUCCUUAUUUUCAUAAAAAUUGGACAUAUAUAUUUGUUAAAUUCAUCUCCAUAAGUAGGAAACUCUCUCUGAGAAGUUUACCGGAGUUGCUCAUAACAUUAGCCUAAUUUAUAGACAUGUAAUAAUUGAUGGUUUUAUUCAUUUCCCAUUGGUAAGGUAUAAAUCUGUAUAUUUUCUUUAAAAAAAUUGUUUUAUUUAUCAAACAAAAACUGUGAAUUGCAAAUGCAUAUUUAGUUGUAAAGCAUCCAUUGUUUAUUAGAAAGUUAAUUGCUUUCAUGUAAACAGUUUGUGUCAGAGUAUGUUCUGGAGAGAAGGGCAGGCAAAGUAUUUUACACGUGUCAGCUAAAAAAUUAAACACUCCAAUAAUUAAAUCUUUCCUCUAGGCCAUGUGAGUAGGCCAAUACUACAUCAAAGUUAGUUGAAUCACAUGAUAGGGCGAUAGCUUCAUUAUUUAAAAGAUAAAAGACGAUCUGGCAGGAAAAUGAAUGUCUUCCAUGGGGAAGAUCCUAUGUAUCAUUUCUUUUGCGGAUCUUAAAACAACCCCUCACCUGUACUGGCCAUAAUACUAAAAAUGCAGAGAGGAAUGAAGUUGCUGGAAAGGCUAAAUAAUAUUUGUUGCUAAAUUUUGAACUUUGAAUAUUUCAUGUACAAAUCCUUUUUGGCAGGAUGUUAGUCGUGUCUCCUUGUGCAGUAGAAAGUUUAAAAGUCCAGUAAAUAUUACCUUCUCGCUUUAUAAAUCAGCUGCAUGCUUGGCAAUGAUUUUAAAGGACUAGGCUAAGUAAAAACAAAUGUUUAAUGAUGACAAUCACUGGCAAGAUGAUUGCUAUCGUUAGGUUUGCUAAUGAGUGUCCAUUAUAGCUCCUUCUUUCUAGAUCUUAAGUUUUCAGAAGCAUUCAUCUUUUGGGGUUAGAAUUUUUCCUGUUUGGUCUUUGGGAGUU